GACUUUUUUUUUUCCCCAUGACAUCGUCGGGAUUCAAACUCCCAGUGAUGGAGCAAACGUUUUGUAUGCCACCCAGGAGCCCAUUACUUUAAUUGCUGAUCUUUCAUUCUUUGUAUCUGCAUAUUGUAUAAAGUGUGUAUACAUACAGUAUGCUACUGAUCAGUUGUACUGAAUAGGGUAACGCUUGAAAUCUACUCUAAAGUUUCUUCAACAGACUGGUUUUUCAAGUGUGACUGAUCCGUUUGUUCAAGCUGUCCUGAGUGAAAUUUGCUGAUGGUUAACAGACACUGUAUGACACCCAGUCAUGGAUGGACACAUAUCCAGAUUGCUGCUGAUAUUUAUUCUGUUGGUACUAUCAGGAUUUUUACUGCUUAUUCUCAGCAUGUUUAGGAACACUGUCGUAUUUGAUCAGGGAAUUUUCAAAGUCCAGCAAAUACAGAGCAGUAACCACACAGUCUUUAAGCCUACUGAAACCUUGAGGCCGCUGGACAUAAACAACACUUCUUGUGCACGCUUUGGCCAGAAGCCCACGGCAGAAGAGGCCAAAGAAGAGCGAGAUCUGCUCAACUCCAUAGCAUGGCCAGGUCCCUUGGUGCAAGGCCUUCCUUUGGAGCUCAGCAGUGACCCUGCCAAGAGUUACUUUGUGAUUCAGGGCCCAUCAAAACAACGAUUAGGUGGUCAGCUUCUAGUCAAUGUCCAUGUGCAGAACUUCUUGGGUCUGCCUAAGGAUCAUGGAGGAGAUUUUCUGAUAGCCCGGCUGCAUUCACCUGAGCUGGGCGCCGGUGUUGGAGGGAAAGUGCAUGACCACCAAAAUGGCACCUAUACAGUGCUGUUCCCACUGCUGUGGGCUGGUGUAGCACGGGUGGAAAUCACCAUGGUGCACCCAAGUGAGGCAGUGGUGGUGCUUAAGAGAUUGCAGGAGGAGCAAUCUGACAGAGUGUUUUUUAAAAGCCUGUUCAAAUCUGGUGCUGUCUCAGAGACCACUGUGUGCAACCUGUGUCUGCCGCUCAACGAGAAACCGGUCUGCAACUACACUGACUCUUUAACUGGAGAACCCUGGUACUGCUACAAACCUGAAAAGCUUGGAUGUGACAAACGAAUAAAUCACUAUAAAGGGGGCUGCAAGAAUGAUCUUCUAAGUGCAUAUGAAGCCCAGUUCUUCCAGAGUGAUGUAAAUAUCAAAAUUCCUAUACCUGCAUCAGCGAUGGACAAAGUGAUUGUAUUACCUACAGAAGAAGGACAAGCCAAAGUAAAAAAUAGUUACAUUCCUGCUGGCUACUACUUUCAUGAUACCUGGACGCCUUUGAAUGGUGCAGUUAUUCAGCAGUUUAAUGAUUCUUCAGCCAUAACACAUUGUCUUAGAGGGAAGGCUGUCUACAUGUUUGGAGACUCCACUGUACGGCAAUGGUUUGAGUACCUCGCUGAUGUUCCGAACCUCCAACAGUUAAUUCCUUUUCGUCCAAAAAAUCCGGGGCCGUUCAUGGCUGUGGACAAGAGGAAUAACAUUCUGGUAAGCUACCGCUGCCAUGGGCCGCCUAUCCGCUUCAGACCAGUGCUUUCCUCUCAGCUACGCUAUGUAGCAAAUGAGCUUGACAAGAUCCAGGGUGGGCCAGACACAGUCGUUCUUGUGAGUGUGUGGGCUCACUUCAGCACCUACCCUGUUGAAAUAUAUAUACGGCGCCUCCGACACAUCCGCAGGGCUGUGGUACAGCUGCUGAACCGUGAGCCAGCUACAUUGGUGGUAAUCCGUACUGCCAACCUACAGAAGCUUAGCUCACAGAACAGCGUGGUCAACAGCGACUGGUUCUCUGUGCGGAGGGAUGCUGUGCUACGUGCCAUGUUCAGAGGACUCCGUGUGCAACUGCUGGAUGCCUGGGAAAUGACGCUGGCCCACCACCUCCCACAUGACAUACACCCACCUCCUUCCAUCAUCAAAAACACAAUUGAUCUGAUCCUCUCUCAUAUCUGUCCAGUUGGGAAAAUAUAGUGUGAACAAUUUUUGUGAAACUAAUGGGAAUGAAUUAACAUCGACUUUUGAAAGUAAUUUGUAGGAUAAAUUCUCAUAACAUUAUUAUCCAGUUGAAGUUAAAAUAAUUAAUUUAAGCAAAUGUUUAAAAUUUGGUCCUGUGCUUAACAAGACUGUGUGUGAUGUGAAUGUAUCCAUUUAUGACUAAUGAAUUUGUAUUUGUAGAAAAUCAUACAUUGUUUUUUUUGUAAAAGAGAAAUCUCUGUUGAUGCACCUGAAUAUUGUAUGGGUUUCCUAGAGUCUAGGCAUCUUCCUGGUUUAGCAGCAUCAAGUUUCCUAGAACCCAUCAGGGGAGUAAUUAACAUUUUCUCGAUUUGUUGGAUAGAUUUAAUUGUUGCUUAGACAAAGAUUUGAAUUUUAAUCACUUUAAUGUGGAUAAAAUGAGGAUUAUUUUGGAAACAUUCUCUGUGUGUGUGCGUGCGCGCACGCAUGUGUUGAGUACGGUAAGUGGGCGGAGCCGGAGCACUGUGAGAGAGUGUGAAACUGUGAUUGGCUGCUGCACUAGGAAUGAGUGUUCUUUUCUCUAACUUUUCUAUCUGAAGAUUAAAUGCUUCAUUCUUAGUGUUUGAA